AUCUGUUUUUUUUUUGUUUACUUUCAUUCUGAAUAAUUGAAAGCACGUGUGUAGGUUUCUUGAAAUACUCUCUAAAUAAAUAGUAUCUUGAAAAGCAUAAACCAGCGUCGACUCCUUUACAUUUAUUUUUAUAUUAGGUGAACUACUUCUCUACAUUUCUUGGCUUGUUUUUCUUUUUGAUCAGAGUUGACCCUGUCCAGCUCAGCGAAAUGGAAGAAGAAGGUUUAUUAUUAGCUUCUCCUUCAUCUUCUUCUCCAUCACUUCUGUCCGGGAUAUCAAAUGUCUCGACGAGACCUUUUGUUCUUGCCUUUACUGUCUGUUCUUGUGGCGCUUUUGUCUCUGGAUGCAUAAGUGGAUAUUCGGCUCCUACACAGUCUGGUAUCAUGAAAGACUUGAAUCUCUCCGUUGCUGAUUAUUCACUAUUUGGAUCGAUAUUAACGGUGGGUAUAAUCCUUGGAGCACUAAUCUGUGGGAAAUUAACAGAUUUAGUUGGUCGUAUCAACACAAUGUGGAUCAUCAACGUGUUCUUCAUAUCCGGCUGGUUUAGUAUUGCAUUUGCCAAGGUUAUCUGGAUGCUGGAUAUGGGAAGGUUACUGCAUGGGAUCGGAAUCGGAAUUAGCGCGUACUUGGGGCCGAUUUACAUGACUGAGAUAACACCAAGAAACUUAAGAGGAGCUGUUUCUUCUUGCUCACAGUUAUUCGCGAUUGUCGGUUCAUCACUCUUCUAUGCACUUGGUACAGUCGUUGGUUGGCGCGAUUUAGCCAUUUUGGGAGUUAUUCCUUUUCUUGUGAUAAUUCCUCUUCUUUUCUUCAUCCCUGAAUCUCCUCGAUGGCUAGCUAAAGUAGGGAGGGAAAAGGAGGUUAAAGCGGUCUUGUUAAGCCUGCGAGGAGCAGAAUCAGAUAUAUCAUAUGAAGCCCAAGAGAUAUUGGAUUACACAGAACAUGUUAAACAACAAGAAGAUGGCGACAGCGGUUUCUUCAAGCUCUUUCAGCGAAAAUAUGCAUUCUCACUUACAAUUGGAGUUGCUCUUAUAGCUUUGCCUGAGCUUGGAGGACAUAGUGGUUAUAGUUAUUACACUGACUCCAUUUUUACCCGUACAGGUGUAUCAAGUGACUUUGGAUUCAUAACAACAUCUCUAGUUCAGAUGUUGGGAGGUGUUUUAGGUACUAUGCUUGUGGAUGUGUCUGGGAGACGUUCACUCCUACUGGUUUCUCAAGCUGGAUCAUUCUUGGGAUGCCUUGCCACAUCCAUUUCUUUCUUCUUGCAGGAGAAUCGUUGGUGGGAAAGAGGAACUUCUAUCUUAGCUCUCAUUAGUGUUCUGGUGUACUUUGCAUCAUACGGACUAGCCAUGUCGUCAAUACCAUGGAUUGUAGCAUCAGAGAUAUAUCCAGUAGAUGUGAAGGGAGCAGCCGGGACAGUUUGUAACUUGGCCGGCUCUAUAAGUUCUUGGCUCGUUGCUUAUUCUUUUAACUUCUUGCUUCAAUGGAGUUCAACAGGAACAUUUCUGAUGUUUGCCACAGUGACUGGUCUUGGAUUUGUGUUCAUAGCCAAACUUGUUCCAGAGACCAAAGGCAAAUCUUUAGAAGAAAUCCAAUCUCUUUUCACUGAUCCUCUUAAAAAUUCCACACCUUAAAUAUUUUCCCAAUUUUUAUAAAUAUAAGUUUGUACACAGAAUUUUUUUAUUAAAAUGUCAUUUCUAAGAACAUUAUUGUUUUCAUGUUUUAGGCAAGAGUUCAAAUUUUAUCCAAAAAAGACAAUAGUUAAUAUA